GCCCGGACGAGAGGGAGACUACAGUUCCCUCAGAGCUGCUUGGAGGUGUUAGUUGUCAAUAUGGCUGUUGUCAGACAGACAAAGCGGAGAGGCAAAUAAUUCGCCUCUGAUUAGAAAUCCUUGGGAGCGGGUCGGACAGGGCACCGUUCGUCAGACAGCUGGACGUCUCGGCUGCGGUGGAAGACGCAGCGGCUCUUCGCUCUAGUUGCAAAGUUAAAUGGUUGAGCGGACGAUCUGAACCGAGCAGCAGGAUGUCUGAGUUUAGCGAGGAGCCGCGCUUCACUAUUGAGCAGAUAGAUCUGCUGCAGCGGCUGCGGCGCUCCGGCAUGACCAAGCAGGAGAUCCUGCAUGCGCUCGACACUCUGGACCGGCUGGACCGGGAGCAUGGCGACAAGUUUGGUCGCCGCACCUCUUCUUCCUCAUCUUCCUCAUCCUCCUACGGAGUAGGCGGGGCAAGCACCUGCAACAACAAUUCUGCCUCGAACACAACUACCACAUUCAACAAUAACAACACUGCCUCGGCAACAACCACCUCUUCCGUGACAUGCAACGGCAACAGCGGCGCCAUCAGCAACGUCGAAAGAAGCGCUGGCGUUCACUCUGCGGCCGCCGCCACUUCUACAACCUCCAAAAUCUCCACCGCCACACAGACGCAGCUCGGCAGCAGCGGGGGACUCUCGCUGUCUCCUAGCAACAGUUACGACACCUCCCCGCCUCCAGGACCGCCACCGCCCUCCGCCAUUCUGCCAUCACCAGUCAGCUUGGUGGCGCUGUCGCAGAACGGGCGCGAUAGCUUAGCUGCUACACCCAACGGGAAGCUGUCUCCUCCACGGUAUCCUGUGAACAGCGCGGCCGCUGCGAGGGCCUUUGGGUUCGAAGCCACAGAGGAAGACCUGGACAUUGACGACAAGGUGGAGGAAAUGAUCAGCAGGAGGGACAGCAGUAUGGUGAAGGAGGAGAUCAAAGCGUUCCUGGGGAACAGGAGGAUCUCUCAGGCAGUCGUGGCACAAGUUACCGGCAUCAGCCAGAGCAGGAUCUCCCAUUGGCUGCUGCAGCAUGGCUCUGACCUAAGCGAGCAGAAGAAGAGGGCCUUCUACCGCUGGUACACGCUGGAGAAAACCACACCAGGUGCCACCCUCAACAUGCGGCCGGCUCCGUUGCCUCUGGAGGAGAUGGAGUGGAGGCAAACCCCGCCCCCCCUCACCACUGCCCCCGGCACCUUCCGGCUGCGUCGAGGAAGUCGCUUCACUUGGAGGAAAGAGUGCCUGGCCGUGAUGGAGAGCUACUUCAACGACAACCAGUACCCAGACGAGGCCAAACGGGAGGAGAUUGCAAACGCCUGCAACGCUGUGAUACAGAAACCAGGGAAGAAGCUGUCCGAUCUGGAGCGGGUCACCUCGCUGAAAGUUUACAACUGGUUCGCCAACCGUCGCAAAGAGAUCAAGAGACGGGCCAACAUUGAAGCCACAAUCCUGGAGAGUCAUGGUAUAGAUGUCCAGAGUCCUGGAGGACACUCCAACAGCGACGACAUCGAUGGGAAUGACUUCACAGAUCAGGCCUGUGACCUUCCCUAUUUCGACAAGAGACCUCUCAGCCGACCGUUUGGCCUUUACCGACUGGAGCCCACCUCCCCAACACAGGAUGACAGCGCAGCACACAGCGAGCACCAGGAUCCCAUCUCCCUCGCUGUAGAGAUGGCCGCCGUCAACCACACCAUCCUGGCCCUGUCCAGAACCGGAGGGGUCCCCAGCGACAUCAAGACGGAGUCCCUGGAGGACGAAUGAACCGCACGGGACCCGGGAUGGAGGGAGGAGUAGAGAAGUUUGGAAACGUGGGAGGGCUUAAAAAAAAAACAGACUGAUCUUAUUCUACUUAGUAAACCUCAUGAAUCAGUCCCUCAGCCAGCCCCCCCCUGCCAACUGCUGCCUGUCUCAGCCUCCCUCCUCCACUUCCCUCCUCCCACAUGCCAUGUAAACAGUAAUUACCCCCCCCACCCUCCACAAUAUAUUGACACAGCUUGCAGAGAUUGGUCACUCUAUGUCCUCUGAUCUCUGUGACAAUGUUCCAUGGAAAGGAGUCAAGGUGGCAAUCCAGGGCUUUAACCCCAAAACGCUGGCUCUCUUCUGGGAUCGUGUCUCCCAGGAACUCGCCCCUCUCCUUCCUCAAUAGACACACUCCUCACAGGAUACCUCUUCUCUUUCCUCUCUCUCUCUCUCUCUCUCUCUCCAGCCUAGUUGUCUGAGCCGAUCCUCUGUCUAUCUCACCUCAACGUCAACCUCAGUAAUAACAUGUACUGUAUAUAUAAUACAUAUUUAUAUAUAUAUAUGGUUCUCAGUCACACUCACCGCACGGUGUGGUACCUACCUACCCCUCAAAAUGUUACCUUCUUCAUUGUGCAAUUCAUGGAAAGUGCAGCCUCCAGCCAUCGUCUUGGGAAAGAUGGAUGGAGGGCGUUUCCUUCUCUCGCUCUCUGGCACCAAGGCUGUCAGAAAGGCUCAUACUGGCAGACAGAACUGUCCCGUCACUGUCCUCAUUCUCUAUAGUUAACAUUCCUCUGUGGAAUGGCUUUGUUUUCCUACUGUAGAGCUGCUCUUGGAUGAAAACCUAUAAAAAGACGUAGCCUUAAUUCCAUACAGACAACCUCACAUUAUCUUUUUGCCGUAUACAGCAGGUUUAUUUCCUGACAGGGAAGAAUAAUAAACUUUUUAGUGCACAUGUUAAUGUGAAGGUUUAUAUCCAACAGCAGCAGUGUUCUUACUUCUUUUAUUGCAUUUACCUGUUGUUUUUAGCCCGACUGGUGACUGGCUAUACGGUCAUUUUGCCUUGGUAUUUAGCUUCCCAGUGAUACUGUUGUUGAAUACCUGAGGCUAUGAGAAUCAAUUUAGGGUCAAUGUGAUAAUCACGCAAACUUAAGCUAAUCUAAUAAGGGGAACUGUGCUAUGUUUUAAAUGUCAUCCAUGCCAAAGGAAAAGAUGCUUGGAGCAAAAAGCUAAGAGGCAAAGCUAAGACUAAUCUAAAAAUGGUGUUCAUGUCGAUUCCAAAGCGAUUUCUACUAACUCGGUGUACGUAGUAGUUUAAUCAUGUUCACUGAAGCCUCAUGUGGGCUUCACCCUACAGCUGGCCUGUGUCAGUAAAGAUGGGUAUUAGCAGCCAGACAUUAUGAUAAAAUACCCCUAAGCUAUUUACUACUCGUUACUCGUUCCGUGACGCUGCCUCUUUAUAAUCGCCUAAAGAAAUGUGCUUUGAGAAGAUUUUUUUAUUCCUAUCGGUGGUUUCGAAAUUAGACUAAAUUCACUGGUUAAGAGUUCAUCAGAAGGACUUGUUAUGCGUUUUUUUUAGUUUUUUUACAUCUCUAAAGCCUCAGUGGUUGAAGCAGCACUUUGAAUCAGAAUCAAGAUACCUAAAGUGGUGAUUUGGAAGAUAAUUAUCAACCAUGUAUUCUUUCUUUUUAUUUUAUUUGCCCCGUGUGGAAAUUUUCAAAACCAUCUUUGACUAGAGGUCAUUGUAAAGUCACUUGCAGAGAUGAAAUGUUCAUUCAGAGUAUUAAGACCCGUGUUUGUCAAGUAUUAGCACUUUGUCAGUCUGAGACUGAUAUUUCAGAUUUUACCUUAGGUUGAGGAAGAUUUAAUAAUAGUUUGAAUCUUUUGGGAAAUGUGAUUGUUAUCACUCAUGUCCGUGUGCUAAAUAUGAAACUAGAGCGUUAGCCCUUAGCUUAGCACAAAGACUGGGAAACAGCUAGUCUGAUUCAUUCAAGGUAAACCUAUUAGCAUAUCUAAAGCUCACUCAUUAGUAUGCGGUAGUUAGUCAUGCAAAAAAUGAAGGGUAAAAAUAAGACUAUGUGUCAUUGGUGGUUUGAUUUUAUUAUGGCCAUAAACAGCUACUUCCUAAUCCCUAUUUCAGACUUUUAAACAAAGAGGUGCUAGCAAAUAAAAAGUUAAGGACAGAAUCAGGAAGAAAAAUGUUUUCUCUUGCUUCCAUUCUUCAUGCUAACCUUAGCUUUAGCGUCACGUUUAGUUUCACCCACCAGUUACAGUUCAUGUGUUUGUAUGGAUUAAUCAUACCAGAAAUAAGUGUUAAGUAAUGAGCUGUAAGUACAUGGACUUAUUUAGCCAAAUCUACCGUCCCCCUCUGCUUCCAAUCUUUACUACGCCAACACACUCCUAGCUUUGGUUUCCUAUUUAGCGUAGCGACAUGAGAGCGUUGUCUAUUUGGCAACAACAACAAAAAGGCAGAGAAGCACAUUUCCCUGAAUGUUGAGCUAUUUCUUUAAAGGAACAGCCGCCUUAGUGAUGGUUUUGGAUAAGUGGGAAAAUAUUCUACAAAGCAGGAUUUAAACAAAGCAGUCGACCAGGACAGAAAGCGGCCUAUCAAAUAAUCUCGUGUGAGGAUCCUGUGAGUACGAUAUCUUCCAGCUCUGCGCUAUAGUCUAGUGAACUAUUUAAUUCUACUUCUUCCAUAUAUACAAAGCUGCGUUACAGUGACUGGGACCUUUUGUUUCAAAAAGAAAGGGUGGAAAGAUUAAAAACAAUAUGUAUUUAUACUCAGUUUUUAUGGUAAUGUAAACAAAAAAAGAAUGACAUGUUUUUGAAAUGAAACAUGCUUUUAUUGUUAUGUUUGCUUUUUAAUUUCUCCUGACUUAUUGUUGUAUCAUCAUUUAAAACCGUUUAUUUUUCUUUUGGGUCACCCUUUGUUUCGGCUGAACAGCAGUCCCCCCCCCCCCCCCCCCCCCCGUUUGUGUCCGAGCUAGUAAGCUAUUUUGUGAAAGAUUUAAAGAAAAAAAGAUGCACCUUAUGAAAAAUUGAGACUAAGCUUGACAUUUAACCUUCCUUCCCGCAAGCCUCACUUUGAAAAGACAAAACGUCCAAUAUGCGAUAAAGGGGCUGGUGUCAAUAAAACGUUCAGCACAGUUGCUUCUGACAUCAUGUGAAAUAAAAGCCCCAGAAUGUGGAUUUUAUUUUUAAAUGUCACACCAAACUUCAUAGAGAAAUGUAGCAUUUUAACAUUGACUUUAUAUAUUUAAAAUCAUGAUAUGUCACAAAUAUAUUGUUAUAUUUCUGAUGACAACUACAAUUCUAUCUUAUCACUAGAUAGUGAUGCCAUGUUUGAAAAUACAAGGUUCCAUUGGGUUCCAUUGCCAUAAUAUUGAAGUUAAUGGAAACACAAAAAUUGUGUUUUGGACUAAUAGUUUUUGCCACAGACACCAAAAACUAAAUCUUAAACAGGAGUUGAUCAUCUCCUUUAUUAACUGAUUCACACUCCUCACUUGCCAAGCACUGAGUGUGUUUUCUACUUGAAGGGUUUGGUGUGACAAUAAUAAAGAAUAGUGUGUGUUAGAAAUAGUAAAAUAAAUCUUGUGUGGAAGGAAAAGAAAUCAGAAGAGCGCAUUUAGAGAUUAUUCUCUCGGUAUCAAAAGCUUCUAUUAAUUGCCUUCAUGUUUGAUAGAUGCCGACACGGCCCAUUUAGCAAGUACAAGUUCUAAUCCAGCAGUAUUUUAUGAGCGUGUUCGAGCUUGACAGAAAUGUUCAUGGGAUGGAAGAAAGAACCCUAAGGUGCUCAGGAAGUGCAGAUUCUGUGCUUUUCCAGGAGAAAACAGUGAAAAAGAAACGGACUGAAACCUUAUAACGGGCUCUUCUCCAUCAGCGGUGCUUACUCUGAAGGGGCGUCCUCUUGUGGUGUGUCAGGGUCAACACGUCUCCAUGUCCGUCUGUGUCCCCGGUGAGACGCCAUCCACCUCAUCCCGAUAUAGCUCUGAGAAAGACUGAAUGCUGUUGUAUCAAUCUUCAAUCUAGUUAUGUUCAAAAUUACUGUAUUGCCCAUUUCAGAAUUUAGUGCCUUUUUUGGACAGUAGACUGUUCUGUAAUUAAGAUGUAGUAUAUAAACAUUUUUUGUACAGUUUCUUUGUUCAUUUUUUAUCUUGUGUUUAUUUUAGUAUGAUAUAUAUAAUGUACAAGAGAAUAAAGCUAUAUCAACGAGACUGUUUCUGGGUUUACUCUUGCGUUGGUUGCAAAUAUUCAAAUCUGUAUACAAAUAAACAUGAAACAGGAGCUGAGGAGCAGA